AAAAUUUUAAAUUCACUAUAGAAAGAAUUUUAAAAAUAAUUAAUAAAUAUUUAUGCAAAAAAAAUAAAUGAUGUAUAAUGAAAAUUACUUUGAUUGCUUAGAAGAAUUUAUAGACACCUCUUUGUCUUCUCAUACUUGUCUACAUAUCGAUUUUUGUAGGAAUUAAGUUGGCGAUGAAGGUGUUAUUAGUUUUAGUUCUGCAUUAUCAAAUUGUACAAAUCUAAUAGAAUUAGAAUUAGAUUUAAGAUGGAACAAUUUAAAAGUAUAAGGAGCUUCAGAAUUAGGGUUAGCUUUAGCCAACUGCAAACUUCUCUCUAAAUUAACACUCCAUUUUUGGGGUAAUGAGAUAGGAGAAAAUGGAGCAUCUAAACUAUUUUUUGCUUUUCCAAAUUUUUCAUGUCUCUCAACUUUAAAACUUAACUUAGAAGAGAAUAAAAUAGGAGCAUAUGGAGCAUAAAUUAUUGGAUCUCAUUUAUAAUAAUGUCCUAGUCUUUAAACUUUAGAACUUAAUCUUAUGGAAAAUAAAAUAGGAAGCGUGGGAACAUCAAGCUUAAGCUAUUACUUAGCAAACUUUAUCAAUCUCAAAAAUCUAGCACUUAACCUCCAGUCUAACAAUAUCGGAGAGUAGGGUUUAUCAGAUUUUUGUUAACAUAUCAAAAAUUGUAAAAAUCUUUUAACUCUUAAACUAAACUUUGCUUGGAAUAAAGUAGGAAUAGCUUGUAUUUUAGAAUUAUGCUCUUGUUUAGUAAAAUUUAGUUAUCUCUAAAUUUUAUCAUUAAAUUUAUGUGGAAAUUAAAUUGACAAAUCACACCAAUAAAGGUUGAAAAUAAAAAUUAAAAAAUUAAAGAGGUUAGUCUACUUUUUUGUUAGCAAUUAUUCUUGAUAUAAUUACUAUUUAGAUUUUAUUUAUUAUUAUCUCUUUUUCUCACAAAUACUUGUUUUAUAUUUUCCUUUAAAUUUUCUUGUUAAUAUCUACCAUCAAAUCUUAAAAAAAUUAUACCAUCUUAAAAUUAUAUUUAUAUAUAUAUUUAAUAAUCAAAGAGUUUUAUUUUUUUUUUUAAUUU